UAUCAAUUUCGUCUGAAAAGCCAGCUUAUUAUUGGGUUACCCAGCCUUCUUCCUGCACUUGCCGCUCCUCCAAGAAUCAUGAGCUUACUACGACGAUUCAAAGCAACCGAUCUUUUUGAAUUCAAUAAUGUCAAUCUCGAUGUUUUGACAGAAACUUAUAACAUCUCAUUCUAUCUGCAAUACCUCGCACAAUGGCCCGAUCUAUUCUGUGUACAAAUGUCUCCACAGGAUCGUCUCAUGGGUUAUGUGAUGGGUAAGGCUGAAGGUACUGGCAAGAACUGGCACGGGCACGUUACGGCCAUCACAGUUGCUCCUGAAUAUCGUCGAUUGGGUUUGGCCGAUGGCAUGAUGAACCUGCUUGAAGAAGUGUCCGAGAAAACAUACAAUGGAUGGUUCGUGGAUCUAUAUGUGCGUGUAUCCAAUGCAGUGGCCAUAGGCAUGUAUCGUAAAUUUGGCUAUUCAGUAUAUCGUCGUGUACGGAACUAUUACUCCGGAGCAACAAAUGAGGAUGCUUAUGAUAUGCGAAAACCGCUAGCCCGAGAUAAGAUGCGGGAAACGAUACGAGAAAAUGGAGAAAAUGUAUAUGUCAAUCCAGAAGACCUCGAUUCAUGGCGUUAAGUCAAAAAUGGGCAAUCUCUAGAAGCCAUGUUUGAGAAAAGAAAAACAAUAAAAGAAAAAGUGAUAAAUGCUACCCAUCA